AUGAGUUCAACAAGCUUUUACACGCCAACGCCAUCGACGUUGACUUCGUAUUUUAGUAGCGAGGGAUGGUCAACAGAUAGCCCGGAGCCAUCGUCAGAGAGUUGGAUGGGUUCUUCGACUAUGAUACCUUCCACUUCUAUGUCACUUCCAUCCACACCAGCUUUACCAGACCCAUCAUUACGAUGCCUAGGCGAUCGCCAAAUGAUGCUUAGCGUACAUGGCAUGAGCAAUAUUUUGAUAGGUUAUGUAGUGCCUGUUAUUGCCCUCUUCGGCAUCAGUGGCAACAUCCUAAACCUAACCGUACUAUUGGCCAAAAAUAUGCGAACAAGAUCAAAUGUUUUGCUGGCUUGCCUAGCCGUUGCGGACGUAGUUUUCCUUCUCUGCAUGAUCCCAGAUGCCAUGGCCAACUACCGAUUUUUCUCUUUCAACAAUCUAUUCCGGAAAUUUUAUUUAUCGAACAAGAUCCAUCUGCUGCAUCUUCUCAAUUGGUCCUCGGCAUGCGCUAUUUGGUUAAUUUUGAUCAUCUGUGGCGAACGGUUGAUUGGUAUACGGUACCCUCUGUCCGUUAGAAAGCAUAAAUCACUGCUAUCGCCUCCAUUCCUCGUCACGAUGACAGUGAUAUUGACUGGGUUACUGACUUUCCAUCAUAAUCUCAGCUACAAAUGUGAAUGGAGAAGCUUCUGCAACGGUACCCAAUACCACAGUAUGUGCUUCCAUGUCGAUGGGCCAAGUUGGUUCCGCAGCCAUCCGAACCCAACUUCCCAAAUGUUGCGUCUUUAUGUGCGCUGGAGUAUUGAGAUUCAGGCCAUUUGCGUUGUCUUUAUCCCUGUAUUGCUGGUAUUCAUUUCGAAUCUGCUUCUGAUCGCGACGAUGCGACGGCGAGCGCGCUUCCUGGCCGUCGGUGCUAUAGGGUCGGGUGAGAUGACGGCCGGACAGAUUCGUACAGAAAAUAAGGUCACACUAACUGUAUGCGCCAUCGUUACAUGUUUUACUAUAACACAGGGCCCGUCAGCUGUGUUUCCAGUGUUUUCAAACCUUACUGGGAUUCCGAUCGAGACGUUUGUCAAGGAGACUGCGGUCGUAACCACCAUGGUCGUCCUCGGAAAAGCCCUGAACUUCAUCCUCUUCUGCCUAUCCUCAGCCUCAUUCCGUCAACGACUUCUCUUCCGUACCAAGGGCACCCUGCUGCGUCGUAAACACACGGCGGCCCGCAUGUCAGCACACAUAGCUCGUGAAGCCGACGCAAACAUACUUAUUACGUCUGUAAAAAGUGAAUACGACACUUUAACUACACGAAUGCACUCAACAAUCGAUUCGAGAACACCGUUGGUGCGAAGGGAGGGGCCUGCGCGUGUGCAUGAAACGCGUGGCCGUCGAACAAUCUCUAUCACCAGCCCACCAAACCUUGAAAUGACCUCCCGCCCCCAUAGCGGUUCAGUAGUA